AUGUUACUUGCCGCUGUCUCGGGAAUCAUCCCGAAUGACAGGCUCGUUGCAUUCUACCGCUUAUUGUGGGGCGCGUGGCGGCUUGACAGUGUGCUUGUGGUGCUCGCGUUAGCAACGAACCCUUCCGUCCGCCAUGUCCUCUGCGCGCCACUCCUGCCUCUUGUUCUGUUGUGGAUUAGCAUAACGAUCGCGCGCUGGACAGACCGGGGGCGUGGAGUGUUUCCAACCUCGCAGCCGCCUUCGAAGUCAUGUAGUGAACAGGACUCUGGCUCUCGGCGCGAGGCAUCUCCGCAGGAGAUGCCGUCCGCCAGGAAUCAACACCAUGCGGUCACAUUCCGGCAAGAGGAGAGUGUGACGGGUUAUUGGACCGAUGUGACAAGCAGAAGUACCGCCCAUGCUGGUGGACGGGCUCCAUGUGAGUCGCCCGGGGGCUGUCGGGGUUUGUCCCCCUUAACACACAACGCGAGAGCGUCGCUUGUCUCGCGCGUCGCCGAAUUUGGAAGACAGAGAGUCGGUUUGUACGCCUCACCAGGGGGUGGCAGGGCUGAUUCUGCUUCUUGGGGGAUUCCAGCGCCCUCUUCUGUUCACGGUGAAGGUGUCUCUGCGGCAGGCCACUGUAAGGGUCAUCAUGACGCCCAUGACGUUCAGAGCAGCGGCUCGGGUUUGAGUGCGGCGGGAGGCACAGAGCUGUCGGAUUUUCCUCAGCGCCACCCCGCUGGUUCCACCCCAUUGCAGCAAAAUAGUCGUCGAGCGCGUAGUAGCUCGCGCACCUUGGCCCUGCUUCUGUUCCCCGGUUUUGUUUGUAGCUGCUUUGUCGAAUUUCAAGCAAGGCAUGCAAAUUCGUCUCCGGACGGCGACCAUGAAGGCUUUUCGCUCUGUUCCAUUCCUUUCGUCCUCGUCCCUGGCUUACUUGGAGGGUCACUUCUUGGUUGCUUCCUGUGGACGCAUGAGCUUGCGGCCCGUCGUAUCGCAGCGCUCGUGGCUUUGUACGCAUCGGCCUGGUCGUGCUGGAUUCAUGUUCAAGUGCGGGGGACCGCCACAACACUGACACUCAGCUGUUUUUUCACUGCAGUUGCUGUCUCAGUUUUUAUCUAUGGGCAGCUUCUCGUGCUGCACACGUGUUCUCUCAAUGGCAACCACUGCUUCACUCUAGUCGAAAGCAUGGUCAUUAGUCAGCUGAUCAGUACAGUCAUGUUCCUGUCUGCGUCAGACCUUCUGGGUCGACCGUCGAGCACAGCGGCGUCAGAAGCCGGUGUGUCGCCGCAGCAAGUCCCUCCUUGGCUGGCUGUCGUGUUUCGCCUGUUUCUCAUUCUGAUUGCUGGUCUGGCAUGCGUUGCCUCUGCCCGUGCCCGUGGGAACGAACACACUAAUGCCAGAAAGGGGGAGGGAAUUCUAUUGAUGCUGGGUUUCGGAGCUGCUGUUGUGAUCUACCUGAUCGCAGGCAGUAGCCCGGACGCAAACGGAAGCCAUCACACCCCAGAAAGAAAGGGCGAGUUGCGAAGCCCUCUCUGGUGGCUUCUUGUGUAUGUAUUCGGUGACAGCGUCAACACUGCCCUGUUCGUAUUUUGGCUCGUCUCGUCCGUCCUUGGUGUCGCUUCUAUAUCUGCGUUUUGGUCCGGCAUUUUUUUAGUCGGCAUCGGCGACGGUCUAGCAGCGGUUGUAGGAGCUAUGUUUGGAAAACGGCGUUUGCCAUUUAACAGCGAGAAAACCAUCAUCGGACUUUUUGCCUUCAUCGCAGGCGCCCUGCCUGUCGCUUUCCUAGAACCCGUGGGUUUACUUGUUUCGCCGCAAUAUCCGCAGCUCUCAAAUGCGUCUACGCACGCAGCAAUCUGCGCAGUUGGGCUCGGGGCAGUGUUCGAGGCAUAUACUUCAGACAUUGAUAACCUAACUCUUCCGCUCUUUGGCGUCAUCGUGUACGACAACGUUUUUGCUGGGCACCGAGGCCACGAGGGCAAUAAGCUAAUUCCUGCCACCUAG